AUGAAUUUUGGCGGAAGCGCGUUCGAUGAGGUGGAACGAAGGAAAUUGCUAGAAGAGAAUGAAUUAUUGAGAAGAGAAAUUGAAGAUUUAAAACAUUUAAACAAGGAAUUAAUGUUGGAGAGUGAUGAUAACGAUGCCCGAAUUAUCAAAAACUACAAGGCAAAAAUUGCUCAAUUGGAAAGACAAGUUCAAUUACUCACCAAAUGUAAUAAUAUUAAAUCGGAAUCAAUUUCAGACAUUGAUAAUUUUAUUUCAGAGAUUGUUGGUGAUGAAAAUGAUUCAUCACCGCUGGAUAGAGCUCAGGUGAGAAAAUGGGGAAAGAUGAUUCAAGAAAAGAUUCGAAACUACAACAUUAUGACAAAACAAGCAGAAAAUCAAAAAUAUUAUAUGGAGAGCAAAUACUUUGGAUCAGCAGGCCAUCAAGAUACUAUUCAAAAUGUUUGCAAUUAUUCCAAGAAUGAUGAUAUACCCUAUCUUGAUGUUACCAAUGUAUUGGAGCUUGAGAAUGAUCUCAUUCAUGUUUAUAGAAAUCUGUACAGAAUGCGAACUCACCUAACGAACAACAAGGACACUAUUAAGGACCCUAACUUUGUAUUAUUAUCCAACAUCACCACCAACAAUAUUUCUAAAAUAUUGAAUGAAAUGGUAGAACUCUCUCUGAUACUUCCAAAGAAAGAUAAAUCUUCCUCGAGUGAAGAGAUCAGCUCCUCAUAUCAUCAAUUCUAUAACCCAAUGUCUCUUAGCACAGCGGAGGUGAUGUCAAAACUUCCAAGAAUUGGAAAUUCAAAAACCUCAAAGGAUCUUGAGGACAGUGUUAAAAACUUGGUAAGAGCGUUUCAUGCUCAAAAAUCCCUAUUUGAGAUUGAUUUACAGCUGAAACAGGAGGAGCUUAAUAUUUCCACAAAAACGAGUAGUUUCUACAGUUCAUACAUGAGCGAAUUGCUAAAGGAAAUUGAUCAGAAGUACAAAGAGUACACCAAUCAAAUACAGCCUCUUCUCCAAGAAGGUCUCUACCAAAACAAAAGAAAUACAUUAGAAGAAAUUGUUCAUGCAUUUGAGGAGUUCGAUAAGGACAGCACUGAAGAGAAUCUACGAGCAUUUCUCCUAGCGUUUAAAGACAAUAUCUAUUCAAUGUUGUCAGAUGAAGACAACAAAGGACCAUUGACGAAAAAACCAAAAUCAUCAAAUAUCAAUAUUAAGGGUUAUUAUGAGAAAUUUAAAAGACACAUUGAAGAAAUUCAAACUGAGUUUGAAAUCAGAAAAAACGAAUUUAUUGAGAAAAUGUAUAAUCUAAAUCCUGAGGUUGAAAAGUAUGAACACAUAGAGCCAUUCAUCAGUUACACUCCCUAUGAUAAUAGAUCCUCAGUGUCUAAAAAACCGCCAUCUCUAAAAAGGUCAUCCACAGUUGCUCAAUCGAAUGGUAAUGUGAAAAUAUCAUCCAAUCGAUUGUCAAUAGUGAGAAAAGAGCCGAUCAAAGCUCAACGAUCUAUUGAUGUGGGAGUGAAUGAAAAUGUAGCUUCCUCAUCUGAAUCCCAGGUGACACCAAAAAUUACUUCAACCAAACAAGAAACUUCCAAGCUUAAUCCAAAUGUUCGAGAAAUAGCACAAAGAGUGGAGGAUCAAAAACGAAGAGUGCAAACAUUAACAGAAAGUCUAUCUGUGAGAGGUAUUUCAGAUAUGCAACAUUAUGCAAUUUCCAAACAAAUUGUACGUAUUUAUUAA